AUGGGUUUUCGCGGCAUUCCAUGGCAGCCAAUCAUACAUCGUUUAACAUAAAAUCAGAAUUGACAGAUCGAUCCGACAUCUUGGAUGAAAAUCGUGGUUUCAAGAACUUGACAAAACUGUAGACAUUUUGAUUAAAAAUGUCGACCGAUCUUUCUUUAAAAGAGAGGACUCACCUUUAUAAAAAUAAAGGAAAAGAUGCUGAGGAAAUGCGAAGAAGACGAACGGAAGUCACGGUGGAAUUGAGAAAGAGUAAACGGGAUGAAACUAUGCUGAAGAGGCGCAAUGUGCCACUAGCUGCUGACAGCACAGACAGCGAUGAGUGUGAGAAACCAACUGCGCAAUCAUUGGAAACUAUAGUACAGAACGCUCAAAGUACCGAGCCAGCUGUGCUGCUGUUAGCUGUUCAAGCUGCCAGGAAACUCCUCUCCAGUGAUAGAAACCCACCCAUAGAUGACUUGAUUGCCUCUGGUAUUCUUCCAAUCUUGGUGGAUUGUCUUUCGAAGGAGGAUGAUGACCCAACUCGUCCCUCUCUCCAGUUUGAAGCAGCCUGGGCCCUGACUAAUAUUGCCUCCGGUAAUUCUGCCCAGACUAGAGCUGUGGUGGAUGCAGGUGCGGUUCCACAUUUUCUGCGUUUACUGAACUCACCACAGCAGAAUGUACAAGAGCAAGCAGUAUGGGCCCUUGGCAAUAUCAUAGGUGAUGGCCCUCAGUGUAGAGAUUACGUCAUCAGUUUAGGGGCCGUCCAGCCCCUGCUGUCUUUCAUCAAUCCCACAAUCCCCCUGGCCUUCCUGCGUAACGUUGCCUGGGUGAUAGUGAACCUGUGCCGAAACAAGGAGCCCCCUCCGCCCGUGGAUACCAUCAAGGAGAUCCUGCCCGCACUUUGUGUGCUCAUCAACCAUACAGAUAUAAAUAUCCUUGUGGACACGGUGUGGGCCCUGUCCUAUCUCACAGACGGGGGUAAUGAGCAGAUACAGAUGGUGAUUGACUCCGGUAUCGUACCCUUCCUGGUGCCACUACUUAGCCACUCAGACGUUAAAGUGCAGACGGCUGCGUUGCGCGCCGUUGGUAACAUAGUGACAGGCACUGACGAUCAGACUCAGGUGGUCCUCAACUGUGACGCCCUCUCACACAUGCCUGCACUGCUGUAUCACACCAAGGAGAAGAUUAACAAGGAGGCGGUGUGGUUCCUGUCCAACAUCACCGCUGGCAACAUGACCCAGGUCCAGUAUGUGAUAGACGCAGGCCUCGUACCUCUCAUCAUCCACCAUCUAUCAAAGGGUGAUUUCCAGACCCAGAAAGAGGCUGCAUGGGCAAUAAGUAACCUGACCAUCAGUGGCAAGAAGGAACAGGUGCAGUACGUGGUUCAGCAGGGUGUGAUAGGCCCGUUCUGCAGCCUGCUCAAUGUCAAGGACACGCAGGUGGUGCAGGUUGUCCUGGACGGCCUCAACAACAUCCUCAAGAUGGCCGGGGACGAGUCCGAGAUCAUCUGUCAGGCCAUUGAGGAAUGCGGAGGUCUGGACAAGAUAGAACAGCUUCAGAACCAUGAGAAUGGAGACAUCUAUAAGCUGGCAUAUGAGAUCAUUGAUCACUAUUUCUCUGGAGAUUUGGAAGAUGAUCCGUCAUUAGUUCCCGAGGUGGGCACAGAUGGUUACCAGUUUGAUCCCUCAGCCGCUGUUCCCAAGGAAGGCUUUAACUUCUGACUAGAGACUGAACAUAUAGGAGAACAAAUUGAAAUAGUUUGUGCACCAGUCCAACCUUGUGAUAUUUUAGUGAACCAAUCAGAUUCUACAGCAUGCAAGGGAGAGAACUACGAGUGUGAUUUAGCAUCCAUGCAGGGAGGCAACUCCGACAGUGUUUCUGGCAACACUAGCACGGCAUCUGUGUACGGCUCGGAUCCAAAUCUGCAUUACCUUACCAGCGGAAGUGGUAGCUCUUCGGAUGUAAGGUCUAGCAAUCAAGAAUUUAGCGUGACCACUGAUGAGAACUACAACAUCGACACAGCCUUUGAUUUGGAAGAAAAUGAAAACAGGAACAUGCAUUCGUACUGGGGAGAGUAUGCAGAAAGUCAGACCUCGCAGUCAGUGUACGGGGAAAGUCGUACGAGAAAUGCCGAGGUUUCCAGUGACCCGGGUAUCACUGAGUCAGAUCACUCUUACAUACGAGGAAAUUGUUCGAAUGACACAGAUUUGAUGUCCUGGUAUUGCCUUGGUACUUGUUAAGUACAAUGUUAAGUGUUUAAAGACCAACAGAAAUGUUAAAUAACUGGUUCAGAUGUUUUGAAUUAAUUACCAAAUUGUGGGUGCUAAGUAGGAAGUUCUGUUUGUAGGAAAGAUAGCAAAACACUUGCUUUAAAAUGAAGCUUUUAUUUUGUUUUAUUCAUAAAAUUAUAGGCAAUAAAUUCCAUGUUCCCCAUCAAAAUUUCAUCUGUGUGCAAGACGAGAAACUAGUGUGUGAUUACCGAAUAGGUUGGGAGAAUCAGUUUAGGUUUGAGUGAAGAUCAGCUUGAUGGUGGUUUUCAUGCUAAGCCUCCUAGCCAGGGAGAGGGAGAACCGGAGAAUAAAAAAACUUACAUGGAUCUGAUUCUAAGGUUAACCAGGGUGUAGGUGCGAGAGGGUGGUAUGAAAUGAUGCGAGUCAGGAAGUCUUAACAAGUUUACAGCCUUCUUAGCGAUGCCAUAAUUCAAAGAAAAGAGCUAACGGGGAAGUUAUCCCCUCUUGUGUUUUUUGGUAAUGCUUAUAUAAACAUCAACUGGAGCUUGUGCUGAAAAUUCAUUACAUACUAUUUUCUUGUUAUUGUUGAACGAACACAGGUUUUAAGGUGGAUUUUAAAUCUGAAAGCCUUUUUACAUACUUGAACUUUAUCAGCUGUUUUAUAUGUAUAUAUAUAGGGUUCUAAAGGUUUGUAACAGACACUAAUUAAGGUCCGUUCAGCUAUGAAAGUUACCAAACUUGGUACAUUAGUUAGCACUGUUUGUGUUUUCAUAGGCAUUUCAUGUUUGCUUACUGUGAUAGAGACGAAAUGGAGUGUGGUAAAAUGAUAUAUAUACCUGUGCGCUGAUAAGUCCAACUAACAGGCCCUUAUGCUUUCAUUCCAAGUGGAAAACACUAAAUAUGCAUGGUAUUUUUGUUUGCAAUACAGGGCUCGAAUUUAACUUUUUUUCUACUUGCAAAACAUUGCGAGUAGCUUUAAUACCAACUCGCAAAAUCAAAAAUAUUCUCGCAAAUUUUGCUGGAAACAUAAUUUAAUUUCGUUUUUUUAUUCAACAGUUAACUUUGCUUUAUCUUUCAUAUUGUUAUUUCCAUCUGUGGGCAAAAAAAACUAGUUAUUUUUCGCUUCGACGCCAUGUCUGUUUAAGUUCAAUGAACACGUGUGAAUUAGUCGACUGUUUAACGUUCUUUGUACCAAUACCAUCCUGGGAUCUGUACUAUAAGUAUACUUGUCUAUAUACAAGGUGCGCGCUUCCGCAUACGGGUAUUAGGACGUUCUAUGACCUUUGGUUUAGCGUUCAGGACGUCGAACGCAUUUAGCAUUAUAAAUUUUUUUAUUUACUAUCUUUACUUGCAAAAAAUUACUAGUGGCUUAAAACUUAACUCGCAAUCGGUAUUUUUCACUCGCAUUUUGCGAGUGUUAAUUUCGAGCCCUGCAAUAUUUUAAAAACUUGUUCUCCCAAUUGAAGCAUUUUGUCAGUAAUAUGCAGCUAUUAUAGCAUAGUAAUUGCUAAAUAGAGUGCCAUUUGUAUUUAUUGUUUACUAUUACAAUAUUUGUUCCCGAACACAAUGCACAAGUUAUGAGUUAAAUACAUUCAUACUUGUUAAGUACUUUAUUGAUAAAACUCUUUAGUAAAGUCAUUCAGAUUAGUGUUGUAGAGCAUGACAAUUUCAAAACUAAACUAGUUACAUUAUACGGGCAUUUUUCUUGAUUUUGGGAAAGGGUCAGGCCUUCCAUUUUGAGGAAAAUGUGAUUGACAAAACUGAAAAAGGGGAAGAAAUUUCCAAAAGUAAAAUUGAAACUUGGGGAAAAUUGCAUCAAUUUAAAGCAAUUUUCUAAGGGAAGGGGCCUGUAUAAGGCCCUUGCUAAAGAAGGAAAAAAGCCCUGGUCUAAUCAAAAUAUGCUGUAUUGAUGUGUACACCGAUUCCAGAGCUUUGUAAGAGUGAGAUACCAAGUUAUACAACUAGUUCACAAUUUUCACGUUGAAUGGUAGACUCUGUUAAUAACCAAUAAAAUAGAUUUUACUUUGUGAACAUACGUUGGGUUGAUAUGACACGCUUGAGGUAAAUACUUGUAUGUUAUUUUUUUUAUAAAAAAAUAGUUUAAAUAAUUAGUAUGUAUGUUUCUAUGACAAAACAAAGUGUUUAUUUUAUGAGAUAAAAGUUAGCACAAAUAAAAGCAAGUAAAAAACAUGUUGAGAAUGGGAGCAGUUUGUGAGACAGGGUAUAAUAUGGUUUUAUUUAAAUAAACUGUUUGACCACAGUCGUAUUAAUAAAGGGUAUUCAUUAUUGAGUAUUAUAAGCCACAAAAACUAAAUCAAACUUAAUAGGGGUUGUAAUAGUUACAUUUGCAAUAUGGUGUUGCAAGAUGCUUUUAUUUGUUAACUGGGUGGUCUCACUAAAAUGCAAUUCAGCAAUUUUUUUUAUUUGGUUCUACAAUUAAAUACUAUAAAUAUUACUGGAGAUGUAUAUGUUUUGAAAUUUUAUUCUUCAAAGUUUCCUUCUAGUGAUCAGAUAGUUUUCUUCUAGUGAUCAGAUAGUUUCCUUCCAGUAACUCUAAUCAUUUCCAUUUUUCUGUAAUAACAGAAAUAUUUAAUGUGAAGCUGACACUGCUACUUAUUAGAAAAUGGAAAUUGAGCUUAACAUUGUGUUAUAUUUACACUUGCAGUCAUACAACCAUCAUAAAAGGAAAUUAUUAGUAAAUUUAAUUAUUUUGACAUAAAAUGUUUAUUUUUUGUACGCAUGCCAUUUAUGGGAAUAAUUCCAAACUGAAUCUACUUCUUUAAAAGUUGUUUACAUACAAAAUUUAGACAUACUUCUAAUUUAGACAUAUUGCUAUUGCUAUAUUUCUUAUGUAUGGAGUCUUUAUAACACUGUUACAUAAUUCUUUACGAGGGUCUGUUUCUAAUGUUUACCUUUUUAUCUAUUUGGUUAUCUGUUUUUUAAUGUACCUUAUAUAACUUUGUGUUUGGUACAUAUUCAAAUAAUUAAUCCACUCAUAGUGUUUACUCCUUAAUGUAUAUACUGUAAAUAGUUAACAUGUAAAUAGGUGUACAUAUGACAAUUUUAACGUGAUUGUAGUUUGUACGCUAUUAUGACUUUAACAUAAAAAAUGCUCUGUAACUAACGAUUUAAGAAAUCAGUUAUCAAAGUUGUAUGCAAGACUAUUUUAUCUGUGAUAGAAAAAUAAAGCAGAUAGGACAGUUUUGCAAGCAACCCUGGGAUUUAUGUCAUUAUUUAAUGGCCAUGUUUUUAUUUAUGAAAUUCACAAUUUUAGCUCAGUUUGCUAUGUGUUACCCCAGACUAGAAUGUAAUUCUAGUUGCUGUAUUGUUACAGGGCAUUUUAAAUGCAUUUUAUCCCAUUUGCACAGAACAAAUAUUGCAUGUAUCAAAUGCUAUAUCUAUAUUUUCUAUGCAUCAUUCUGUGUUAAGGACAUUGCUGUGUUUUUACUGGUUGCAUAUAAUUUGAUUGUGUAAUCCUAGAAAACAUGCAUUAUUUUUUUCUUUUGUGCAGAAUAUUUUCCUCCUAAUUGAGUAUUUUUCCAUAUUUAGACAUCCAGAUACUUAGAUAACAUAAUAAUAAUAAUAGUAUCGUUCAUUUUGGCUAAUAUAUUUACCUCAAAUUUCCAACUUCAUAUCACAAGAAUUUUGUGUCAUGUUUAUUGAAUUUAAUUUCUGGGCUUCAAUAUAUGUUUCACAUAUCCUACUUUGUUGUUAAGUGCAAAUGGGUGACCAAUAUUUACAUGCUUUCCCACUUUUGGAGCAGACAGAAAAAGUUUUUAGUAGUUUUAUUUUAAAGAGAAACAAUCUUACCUCAUGCAUUUUAACCAGGUAUUUCAAAUACCCGAACCAUUUAGUAGAUCAGUAAUCAUGGUUUUAUUUCGAAAGUUGGGAAGCAUUGGUUUUAGGAAUGUUGCUAACGAUGCCUUUUUUAACAUGAUUAAAAUUUUCAGGUUUUUGUUUCCAUCUGGAAAUGAUUACAUAUAAAAUCAGUGCAAUGUAAAAUUGUUAAGAUUUAAGCAUUUUAUGAAAAUUGCUGAAGUAACACAAAUGGUUUGUACAUUUACUCUGUUUUGUCUGAAUUGAUACUCAAAUUAAAAUAAAUGUAAAAGGACACCUAAGAAAAGAAAAGGAGUGAUUUUAUAAUAAAGGGGAAAAAAGAACCACAAAAUCAAUAUUGUUAUCUGUCAGUCAGAGAACAAGUUUGCUGCAUAAAGUAACCAAUUCAAGCAACUGGUUUCACAUCAUACAUUAUCUCGUGUCUGUAACAUCCUUGAAUGUUGGCUGUAAACUUGGUCAUCAAAAACAUUUGAAUGUGCAAACCACUUGUGUUACUUUGUUCAAAACUUGGGCUAGGUCCUGCCAGGAUAUAAUCUAAGUCUCCAAGACGGGUACUAUUGAAGUGUUAGAAAGGGCUUAGGAUUCUGUAUUUGUUGUUAUUUGUUGAUUGUCACGCUUACAGUGUAAUCUGUAUAUAAGACCUAAUUAAGUUUAAUUCUGUGUGCACACCGUUUAAUAUGGGUUAAUACCUAUUUAUUUGUUCUAAAAGUUGAAAGUAUCUUUGGUUUAUAAAUCAUUUAUGAACGAUGCUAAUAUUUUAUUCCGUUAAUUUGUGUCUAUGAACAUGUAGGCCCUCGGGUAAUUAACGUAUUUGUGAAAACAAUAUUUUGUAAUUAUUAGGUGUUUUAAUGCCUUAUUAAUGCAGUACAAGGAUAAUAAAGCAAAAAUACUUUUUUUAAUUGUUAAAAAAAAUUCCCAGCUAGAGUGAUUCUAGAUGCUUUUUUGUUGUGGUACAUCUAAAAAUUUAUGAUAAAUAAAAUUUGACGUGUGCUUACUGAUAAAUAUUAAACAAUACAACACAGGAAAAUGGGGCUUAAUGCAGGUGCAUUGAUUGUAGCAUUCAUAUGCACAUGUAAUAAUCCCCGUUUUUCCUGAGCGAAGCCCAAUUAGAGGCAAUGUUCAUAUGUUUACCUAAAUAAUUGGAGUUUUUAAGUUGAAAACCAGUAUGUAAGCAAUUAUAGUUUUUCAAGAAGACAAGUUUUUUAUUUUGAUAAUACUCGCAUUUGUUUUUCUACUGAUAAAACCUAUACCAGGUUCAAAUGAAACUUAUUUUCUUUAGAUUUGAUUGUAAAGUGUAUCAAUUUUAAUUGUUUAAAUAAUCACAUUAAUUUCUUUGCAACUCAAUAAAAUAAAUUGUAUUACCAAUGUAAAAGACUGCUACAAUAAAAAGAACAACAGAAAGUCGCUGUUUAUGCAAGCAGCUAGUUUCUGAAAAUCCUGAA